UAAUCUCACGUUGAUUAUCCAUAAAUACAAGUUUCAAAGUCCACUACAAUCACUUCUCAUUUCUCAAUUAUCCCCUUCCCACAAAUUGUAACAUUUUCCCCCCCGUUCACUUCCUUCAUUUCAUUUUGUGUGUCUAAUCUAAAGUCUGAUCCUAAUUAGUUCCAAACCUAAAAAUGGCAUCAUCAUCACUUACCUCCUCAAUAUCUUAUACUUUCCUUCAACCAGAAUUUCCAUUUAAAAGAACGAUAAAACACCACAAUCGCUGCUCCAUUUCCAAAUGUCCUUUCACUCCAAUUUCAGCGACUCCAUUGAAAGCAUCAGUGUCCAACCCAGAUACGACAUCCUCCCCAAUUCCAAUUACUCCAAUAGAAACAACAACAACAACAACAGCGUCCGGCACAGACACAACAUCGUCAUUAGUUUCACCCGAACCACCCAAAAAACUUCCAAUGCGAAGAAUCCCUGGAGAUUACGGCCUCCCAUUCGUAGGUCCUAUCAAAGACCGUCUUGAAUAUUUCUACAACGAAGGCGGCCGCGACAAAUAUUUCAGAAGCAAAAUGCACAAAUACAAAUCAACCAUUUUUCGCGCUAAUAUGCCACCAGGCCCAUUCAUUUCCUCUAACCCAAACGUCAUUGUUUUACUUGACGGAAAAUCAUUCCCUGUUCUCUUCGACAAUUCCAAAGUUGAAAAACGUGACCUCUUCACCGGAACUUUCAUGCCGUCAACAGAACUCACUGGUGGUUACCGUAUCCUCUCUUACCUUGAUCCAACCGAACCAAAACACGACCAACUCAAACGCCUUCUUUUCUUCCUCCUCAAGUCACGUAGUAGCCACUUUAUCCCUGAGUUUCACUCAUCUUACACAAACCUCUUUAACACUCUAGAAAAAGAGCUUGCAAAAACAGGAAAUGCAAUUUUCGCCGAUGCAAACGAUCAAGCAGCUUUUAACUACCUUGCAAAAGCAUUUUUCGGUACAAACCCUACCGAAACAAAUCUCAAAAGCGAUGGUCCAAAAAUAGUAACAAAAUGGACAUUGAUGCAGCUAAGUCCAAUUCUUACGUUAGGUCUUCCUAAAUGGAUUGAGGAACCAGCCCUUCAUACGUUCCGUCUUCCACCAUUUUUGGUGAAGAAAGAUUAUCAAAAGCUUUAUGAUUUUUUCUAUGAGUCAUCAACUGGACCGGUUUUAGAUGAAGCUGUUCGACUUGGAGUUUCGAAAGAAGAAGCGGUUCAUAAUCUUUUAUUUGCCACAUGUUUUAAUUCAUUUGGUGGGAUGAAGAUUUUUUUUCCUAAUUUGUUGAAGUGGAUUGGACGUGGUGGUGUUAAUCUACACCGUAAAUUAGCAGAAGAGAUUCGAUCUGUUGUUAAAUCAAAUGGCGGAAGAGUGACAAUGGCGGGGAUGGAAAAUAUGCCGUUGAUGAAAUCAGUGGUGUAUGAAGCAUUUAGAAUUGAACCACCAGUACCGUUACAGUAUGGAAAAGCGAAACAUGAUUUUGUUAUUGAGAAUCAUGAAAAUGCGUUUCAAGUGAAAGAAGGUGAAAUGUUGUUUGGGUUUCAACCUUUUGCGACAAAAGAUCCAAAGAUAUUUGAUAGUGCUGAUGAGUUUGUUGGAGAUAGGUUUAUGGGUGAAGAGGGAGAGAAGUUGUUGGAGCAUGUGUUUUGGUCUAAUGGUCGUGAAACAGAACAACCUACGGCUGGUAAUAAGCAAUGUCCCGGAAAGGAUUUUGUUGUGUUGUUUUCUAGACUUUUGGUGGUGGAACUGUUUCUUCGUUAUGAUACUUUUGGUAUUCAAGUUGGAAAAUCUCCUAUAGGAUCUGCUGUUACCUUUACCUCUCUCAAGAAAGCUAAAUUUUAGUUUUGUAGUUUUGUUUUACUUCAUAAUACAUUUUCUGGAUUAAUUAUUAAUUGUUUAAUUGCAUGUAUAUGCAUGAUGCAUCCCGCAGCUUAUGGUUCAUCCACAUAUAUAUUGGCCCAGAUUAAGAUAAUUUAAGUUUUUGUUUGUUUGUUUAUGA